GGAAAUCAAUGAGAACGUAAAACGGAAGUUUUCUUUGAUGUCGUCUGUAUCAAAAUGGCGGAGGAUGAUAUCGACGUCGAAGGGGAAUUCGAUUUAAAAACAGAGCUUGGGGAAGAGUUUUAUGAUACAAACGAACUGCCAUCAAAAAGUGCAAAUCUUUUACCAGAAUUUACAAGCCCAGCUUGGAUGCUGGAACAGGGUUGGUCACUGGACAGCUGCAUGGAUGAGAAGUCUAAGGCUACUAUAGAGAAGAUGCUACUUGAAGAACAACAAUACAUGUAUGGUCGUAAAACUUCACGUUAUCUGAGCAUAAAAAAGAAUGUACUUCUUGUGACUGCUGGCACAAGUAAAGCUACAACACCCAACAAAAGUCCAUGGACUCAGGAAGAAAAAAACACUUUCCUUAGAGGCAUGGGAAUAUUUGGCAGAAGUUGGAGUAAAAUUGCCAGUUUAAUCCCCACAAGAACAAGUCUGCAGGUUAAGAAUUAUGCUCAACAGUACAUGAAAAACCUGGCUAAGAAAAAGGCUGAAAUGGAAAAGUUGGAGAUGGAUACUUUGAAAUCCAUGACAGAAACACCUUUAUUUAACAGCACUCCCUCUUCACUGGCAGCCACUGUGGCUAGCAUCACAACAGGUCAGCCAACUGUAGUAACUCCAGCAGCUGACCCCCAAGUCAAAGGUCAGGGUAGAAAGCAGAGAAUAGCCCCAGCCAAUAAGUGUGACAAGCUGAAAGCUGGGACCAUUCACAGGCCUACACAGAGAAAGUCAAGCACUAAGCCGGGCAAAGAGAAGAACAGUCCGAGAAAAUUGAAGAAAUUGGAUCUUAGCGGGGCAGCACAUGGAGCUGCAGGGGUAGGGGACAUAGUCCUACAAGCCAGGACCAGCCGCUGUAACAGUGUCUGCUCCACUUCUGAUGGGAUAUCCACCGUCAAUGGCUCCAGUGAUGUCAGUGACGUCAGCAACUCCAGCUUUACCAGAACCUCAAAGCUGUCAGAUGAGGAUGACAUGGAUAUAGACAUUGAUAUAGAGAACGAUGAUGAAGAAAACCCAAUACUGUUGAGUCGCUCAGCAUCCCCCAGCUCUGUGUACCUGCAGCUGCUUAAGGCAGCUCACAUCGGCACUGGUCAGCUGGAGCAAGAUGGAGGCACUGGUCAGUUGUCUGAAACUAAGUCAGACACAUCUUUGGACACCUCAGCCAAACCUAAUGUGACUUGCCAAGAUUUUCUCUCUAACCCUGACAAUGAUUCCACCAGCAGCCAGGAUGGGCUCAAGUCUGGAGAUGAUGACUCACACUUGGAUACUGUCCUCGCAACUGACGAUAUGGACAGGGAAGAAGAGGAGCACCAUGUUCAAACAGACACCAUUGUGAAUGGUCUUGUGGCCUGGUCUGGUGAGGUGCUGGAGUUUGAUGUCCCUGUACAAGAGAAAGUCUUCCCACCCAAUGAAAUCACAGAGGAGGAGAGAAGAGUCCAUGCAGAUUUCUUUGAUGGCAGACCCCCCAAAACACCUGAACGUUAUCUCAAAAUUCGUAGUUACAUCAUUGAUUGCUGGUUAAAAAGCAAACCUGUGUAUCUAAACAAAACAUGUAUCAGACCUGGGCUGAAGAAUUGUGGCGAUGUAAACUGUAUAGGACGUAUCCACUCUUACUUGGAGUGUGUUGGAGCUAUCAACUUUGGCUGUGAGCAGGCCAACUACCGCAAUCCACAUAGAACUGCCCCAGGGGGAACCAACAGUCGUCUCAAAGGAAUAAAUAAAGAAUUAAUGCCACCUUUUCCUCUCAUCAAAGCUGAAUCAGUAAGACCUCGAAAACGCAGAAUCCGUGAUGAGUCAGGCUUGUGGGUGGAUGAGAAGGAACUAGAAGGGAAGACAAUUGAUCAUAAUGUAGACAAGAAGAAAUGUGAAUCUAAAGCCAAAGUCUACAGAGCCACCAAAAGUGUUUAUGAUCCUUUCAAACUUGUGCCUUGCACCUCAUUCUCUGCAGACAAUCCUCCACCUUACAAGAUAGAAAUGUUGAACACUGCCGUAGCCAUCAUGGACAUACAUGCCCAUAUAUCCAAGACGGAGGUGAUUGGCAUGCUGGGGGGUCAGUUCUCCUCUAACACAUUGAUCAUCAGCAUGGCCGUGCCAUGUCAAAGCAUGAGCACUGGGAUGCAGUGCGAGAUGGACCCAGUGUCCCAGACUCAGGCCAGUGAACAGAUUGAGGACGUGGGCAUGUCUGUUGUUGGCUGGUACCACUCCCACCCCACCUUCUCCCCUGACCCAUCCGUCAGAGAUAUAGAAACACAGCAAAAAUUUCAGUAUUGGUUUUCCAAGGGAGGCAACCAGUUUGUUGGAGUAAUUAUCAGCCCUUACAACCCUGCCAGCACAUCCUUGUAUUCAGAUGUCCGUUGUCUGACCAUCUCUGAGAGCUACAGCAAAGAGUAUUUGUGUAAUUUGCCUAUCAAGUUUGACUUUGAAGUAAUUUAUGGAGAUAAUCCUGGAGAAAUACUAGGCCCAGCCAGUGGGUUGGCAGACAACUAUUGUGUCUACAACAACAGGGUCAAGCUCUCUUGUCUCUACAAGUCAGCUCUUGGUAUCACCUGUCUUUCAAAGAUGCUGCAAUCAGUAAAAAAUAUUUUAAUUGGUGGUGAAGAAAAUGUUUCACCAUCUGGUGAUCUUCUCAUAAGUGGGCAGACAACCCAGACAGCAGAUAAUGGGCAGACAACCCAGACAGCAGAUAAUGGGCAGAUAACUCAGUCAGUUGACAGAAGUAAGGAAAAUGGGCAGACAAUCCAGCAAGCUGACAGAAGUAAGGACCAAGGGCAGAUAAUCCAGUCUGUUGACAAAAAUAAGGAACACAGGCGGACAAUCCAGCAAGCUGACAGAAAAAAAGUUGAUGAUAUCAUCCUAUGUCUAGAGCAACUGUUUAAAGAAAAAUUUUCUGACCAUGUGGAAUCUAGCAGUUUGUUGUCAUCUCUAGAUAAAAUUCAGUCAAAUGCCACAUGACACAUUUGAAUCUCACUCUGUUGUUGUCAUCUCUAGUUGUAGGUCAGUCAAAUGACACAUUUGAAUCUCACUCUGUUGUCAUCUCUAGAUGUAGGUCAUUGAAAUGCCACAUUGAGUUGAUUCUUUCAAGAGAAAUAUUGUUAGUUGCCACAUUAAAAUUGAUUGUAUACACAUG